UGCGGCGGCCACCGAGCGCCACUCCGGCGGGGCAGGUCGGCGGCGGCGCCAAGUCCACCCCCCGACGGCGCGGGCUGCCGGUCCGCGCGCGCAGGAGGCGCGGGCAGCGGAGGGACCAUGGAGCCCGGCGGGGACGCGGCGCGCCUCGGCCUGGGGCGGGCAGCCCGGGCGCUGCCACCGCGGCUGCCGCCGCUGCUGCUGCUGCCGCCGCUGCUGCUGGGUCGGGGGCUGCGUGUCGCGGCCGCGGCCUCCUCCUCUGGGGCGGCGGCCGAGGACAGCAGCGCCAUGGAGGAGCUCGCCACCGAGAAGGAGGCGGAGGAGAGCCACCGGCAGGACAGCGUGAGCCUGCUCACCUUCAUCCUGCUGCUCACGCUCACCAUCCUCACCAUCUGGCUCUUUAAGCACCGCCGGGUGCGCUUCCUGCACGAGACUGGGCUGGCCAUGAUCUACGGGCUCAUCGUCGGGGUGAUCCUGAGGUACGGCACCCCUGCCACCAGUGGCCAUGACAAGUCCCUCAGCUGCACUCAGGAAGACAGGGCCUUCAGCACAUUAUUAGUCAAUGUCAGUGGGAAGUUCUUUGAAUACACCCUGAAAGGAGAAAUCAGCCCCGGCAAGCUCAACAGUGUAGAGCAGAAUGACAUGCUGAGGAAGGUAACGUUUGACCCAGAGGUCUUUUUCAACAUUCUGCUGCCUCCAAUUAUUUUCCAUGCUGGAUACAGUUUGAAGAAGAGACACUUUUUCAGAAAUCUUGGGUCUAUUCUGGCCUAUGCCUUUUUGGGGACUGCUGUUUCCUGCUUCAUUAUCGGAAAUCUCAUGUAUGGUGUGGUGAAGCUCAUGAAGAUGGUGGGACAGCUUUCGGAUAAAUUUUACUACACAGAUUGUCUCUUUUUUGGAGCAAUUAUCUCUGCCACUGACCCAGUCACUGUACUGGCGAUAUUUAAUGAGUUACAUGCAGACGUGGACCUCUAUGCACUUCUGUUCGGAGAAAGCGUCCUAAAUGAUGCUGUUGCCAUUGUGCUGUCCUCGUCUAUUGUUGCCUACCAGCCAGCAGGGCUGAAUACUCACGCCUUUGAUGCUGCUGCCUUUUUUAAGUCAGUUGGCAUUUUUCUAGGUAUAUUUAGUGGCUCUUUUACCAUGGGAGCUGUGACUGGUGUUGUGACCGCUCUAGUGACCAAGUUUACCAAGCUGCACUGCUUCCCCCUGCUGGAGACCGCGCUGUUCUUCCUCAUGUCCUGGAGCACCUUCCUCCUGGCAGAAGCCUGCGGGUUUACAGGUGUUGUAGCUGUCCUUUUCUGUGGAAUCACACAAGCCCAUUACACCUACAACAACCUGUCGGUGGAAUCAAGAAGUCGAACGAAGCAGCUCUUUGAGGUGUUACACUUCUUGGCAGAGAAUUUCAUCUUCUCCUACAUGGGCCUGGCACUGUUUACCUUCCAGAAGCACGUUUUCAGCCCCAUUUUCAUCAUUGGAGCUUUUGUUGCCAUCUUUCUGGGCAGAGCUGCACAUAUCUACCCACUCUCCUUCUUUCUCAACUUGGGCAGAAGACAUAAGAUUGGCUGGAAUUUUCAACACAUGAUGAUGUUUUCAGGCCUCAGGGGAGCGAUGGCAUUUGCACUGGCCAUCCGAGACACAGCGUCCUAUGCUCGCCAGAUGAUGUUCACGACCACCCUCCUCAUUGUCUUCUUCACCGUCUGGAUCGUUGGCGGAGGCACAACACCCAUGUUGUCAUGGCUUAAUAUAAGAGUUGGCGUCGAGGAGCCCUUUGAAGAGGACCAGAAUGAACUCCACUGGCACUACUUCAGAGUUGGUGUUGACCCAGAUCAAGACCCACCACCCAACAACGACAGCUUUCAAGUCUUACAAGGGGAUGGUCCAGAUUCUGCUGGAGGAAACCGGACAAAGCAGGAGAGUGCAUGGCUGUUCAGGCUGUGGUACAGCUUUGACCACAAUUACUUGAAGCCCAUCCUCACACACAGUGGCCCCCCAUUAACCACCACGCUCCCAGCCUGGUGUGGCUUGCUCGCUCGAUGUCUGACCAGUCCCCAGGUGUAUGACAACCAAGAGCCACUGAGAGAGGAAGACUCUGAUUUCAUCCUGACUGAGGGUGACCUCACCUUGACCUACGGGGACAGCACAGUGACUGCCAAUGGCUCCUCAGGCUCCCACACGGCCUCCGUGAGCCUGGAGGGCUGUCGGAAAACAAAGAGCAGUUCUGAGGAGGCGCUGGAACGAGACCUGGGAAUGGGAGACCAGAAGGUUUCAAGCCGGGGCACCCGCCUAGUGUUCCCCCUGGAGGAUAAUGCAUGACUUUCCCCCCAAACCCUGAAGAGAUGGGGUAGACCCACCGGUGGUGUGGGGCUGGCUGCAUGUUCCAGUGUUGAUUGAGGUGGGACAGUGACUGAAUGGAACUAACGCUUCUAUUGUAUUGAGGUCUGAAGAUAUCUUAACAUUUAAAAUUUAACCCAAGAUACAGAUGGUGGGGCUCAAGACAAAUGCAGAUCUAUUCCCACUUUUUCACUUAGUAGUGCACUGUUCAGAGUUAAACAAACAAAAACAAUCGCAUGCUUUACUGGUCUCUAAUUCAUUCACCUGUGGUACCUGAACAAGGUGUGGUGGGUGCCGGUGACCCCUCCCAGGAGAGGCUCCGUAUCCAUAUACAGCAGUGCAAGUCUAGCUGGAUGUAGGAAUAUCAAGUGAAGGGAGAACAGGCUAGAAGAAAGAUCACGAAGGAAGGCCAGUGAGAUUGGACCUCUAAGGAUGAGGGGAAGCUGGUGUUAAAUGGGACAGAAAGCAUGAAAAAGCAAUUUGAGUGGAGGCUCCAGCAACAAGAGAUGAUGACAGCAGCCUCAUCUCUGGAUUCCUGACUUCUUUUGCUGCCUGUAUUUUCUCUAGACUGAAGAUUGGGAAAUAUAUCCAUCAACAUUUCAACAUGGGGGAAAGAAUUGUAAUUCCUUCUCUGGAAAUCUCCACAAAGAAGAAGUUACUGGAAUGUUUCAAACCAAAGGCAAAAUAGUGUUAAAGUGCUGUGUUUUUUUGUUUUGUUUUGUUUUGUUUUUUCAUUAAUGUGAAGGCAGGAGAAACUGUUUAGAAACUGAUGAUUACAUCACUGUAAACAUCAGUCAAUUCUUGAUGGCUGCCAUAUGAGCUGACUGCCUGGAAAAUGGUUAACAGGACUGACAUAUCUACUGUGGGUUUAGAAAGAACACGAAAAUUUGUGGAGUGCUUUGAUCUGGUGACAAGAAGGCAGUAACAACCCUCAGAGGCAAUACGCUAGUAUUCAGAGGGAAGAAAUCUCACUGUGAAAAAAAAAAUCACUGCAAAGAAAACACAAGAUUGUAUUCUAAAGACUUAGUAGAAUUCCAAACUUUGAGCUAAGAAAUGAAUGAGAUUUCAGUGGUCACCUGAAGAAACAGGCGAGGCAGUGGAAUGUUAAGCUUUAUUUAUACAGUGGAAGCUUCCUGUCCACUCUCAGAUUAAGAAUCGAGGUGUCUUGGCAACUGAGUGCCAUGUAGAGAAAGGUCAUUUUCGUGGUAUCUGGGGAGGUCUGCACCAGCUUCAUGUGUGAGUGUGGUCUGAGAUUUAGAUUUCUACUUUGGGUUCUUUUGUGGGUGAGCUGUUCUACCUGCCCACACCUGUAGUAAGUGAAAUAUGGAGGAGAACUCUUGGAAGCCAAGUUUGAGAUUCUCCCUGUGCUCUGUGCUUCAGUGCUAUUAUUUUCAAAAACCCAAUUUCUAAAAAAUGCUUUCAUUUAAUGUGGCCAUUUCCCUUAUAAGAUAGUGGCUCAAUCUAGCAUACCCAUCAUGAAAUCAGCCAUUUAACCUUCUUAACUUGCAUUUUUAAUGGUUAAUUUUUAAAUAAGACAUUGUUUCGCCCUCUUUUUCAGUUGAUAAUUUGUGCAAAUCAAGAAAAAUUUAUUAGUUUGAGCCAUAUGAAAUUGCUGGUAUUCAACCAUUUUUUUAGAGAAACAAAAAUGACAAUUUCAUAUAGUUCAGUAUAAGAGAAUUGGGUGAUUUUUAUUCCCCUUUCUCUUCUAUCUACACUAAAGGACAUUUUGAUUUGAUGGUCAUCCAUGGGCUUUGUAAGUUUGGGGAAAAAGCUAAACAUACUUACCUCAUGCUUCCACUAUGCUGAAAAGUAAAAAGUAGGGUGCCGAGAAACUAACCCAAGGCUAACUAUUUGCUGCCAGUCUGGUAUAAACCAGAUAGAAACUGCUGAGUAAUGGUACAUCCAAGUAAGCAACAUUCUUCUGAGAGGAUAAUCCCAAGUCAUUUUAUAAGCAUAUGUGUUCUGGGUAGGGUGGGGGGGGGGUUACAGUUCUGCAAAGUCGGAUGUUCUAGGGCAGAGGUUCUCCACCCUGGCUGCACAUUAGGAUGAGCUGGCCCAUUUAUUGAGAAUAUCAACAUAAAGGCCCACCCUCAGAGAUCCAGAUUCAGUAGGUUUAGGGUGCGGCCAGGCUUCUGUGCUAUGUUUCGAUCCUCAGGAAUUCUAAUCUGCAGCUCGGGUGGAGAGCCUUUAGUCUAGAACUUGCAGUGGGCCCAACUUGAAACCUUAAAGGAUGACCUAGCAAAUUCAGAUUUUUUUUUUUAAUUAUUAGUCAUGUGGAACAAACUGAGUGUUGAUCAAUAAUACAGACCAGGUAGCUGUGAGUGAAUUUCGUGCUAAUAAUGUUUGUAGAAGUCAAACACAUACUCCAUAAAUACAACUAAAAAAAAAAGGUCACAUUAGAAAACCGUAGAGCCUGAAAGGGGGAGAAGGAUGACUUGAAUGUAUAUAUUGGAGGGAUUAAAACCUGUCAUUUUUGCUCCGAUUUGUGGGGGAAAGGGGUUUUGUCUUAACUGAGCUGCUGACUAAUCAAAUGUGAAGGUUUCUAACAAGCUGUCUUUUCCAUUUAACCUGGGAUUAAAUUAAUAGUCCCCUUUGCA